AGUGGCUUGGAUGAGCACAGGAUCUGCUGGAUGAAGCACCGGCUGGAUGGAUGGGCCCCAUGGGUGGUGGUCGGUGGAGUUAAAUGCAGCUGGUGGCCGGUCACAAGUGGUGUUGUUCAGGGCUCGGUGUUGGGACCGCUUCUGUUUAAAGUCUUUAUUGAUGAGCUUGAUAAGGACAUAGAGUGUAUCGAGUAUUUUAUCGAUCAGCUGAGGUCAGAUGGAGUUGUUCAUCUUCCUCGGCGUGUUACCAAUGAAAUUGCGAAUAACACUCGUUAUGAAUUUUACACACAAGGAGGAGUCAUCUUUGCAACAAGUCGAAUCCUUGUGGUAGAUUUUCUUACUGACAGAAUUCCUGCAAACCUCAUUACUGGCAUUUUGGUAUACAAAGCACACAGAAUCAUUGAAUCUUGUCAGGAAGCAUUUAUCUUGAGACUUUAUCGCCAGAAGAACAAGCAAGGCUUUAUUAAAGCUUUUACAGAUAAUGCAGUUGCUUUUAAUACUGGUUUUUGCCACGUGGAAAUAGUGAUGAGAAAUCUUUUUGUCAGGAAGCUUUAUCUGUGGCCAAGAUUUCAUAUAGCGGUGAACUCAUUUUUAGAGAAGCAUAAACCUGAAGUGGUGGAAAUACAUGUGUCAAUGACCCCUGCCAUGCGUGCUAUCCAGACUUCAGUCCUGGACAUUUUGAAUGCGUGUCUGAGAGAACUCAAACGUUAUAAUCCAGCUCUUGAAGUAGAAGAUCUAUCUUUAGAAAAUGCUAUUGGUAAACCUUUUGACAAGACAAUACGUCACUAUUUAGAUCCUCUCUGGCAUCAGCUUGGAGCUAAGACUAAAUCUUUGGUCCAGGAUUUGAAGAUACUACGUACUUUGCUCCUGUAUCUAACUCAGUAUGAUUGUGUCACUUUCCUUAAUCUUCUGGAGUCACUGAAAGCAAGUGAAAAAGCUUUUGGUGAGAAUUCAGGUUGGCUGUUUCUUGACUCCAGUACUUCAAUGUUUGUAAAUGCUCGAGCUAGAGUUUAUCGCAUUGCAGAUGAGAAACUGAAUCAGAAAGGCAAAGUCUCUGAAAAAGUAAAGAAGGAAAAUGAGCUGAAAAGGGAGUUGGUUCUAGAAAGUAAUCCCAAAUGGGAAGCUUUGAGAGAAGUAUUGAAAGAGAUUGAAAAUGAGAAUAAGAACAGUGAAGACCUUGGUGGUCCAGGGCAAGUGCUGAUUUGUGCCAGCGAUGACCGAGCUUGUGCACAGCUCAGGGAGUACAUUAUUGCUGGAGCAGAAGCUUUUUUAACAAGACUGUAUAACAAAAGCUUUGGAAAGGAUGAGAAAGCUGGAGAAGUGUGGAUUAAUGACAGAAAACCAGUCAAGUCCAAAGGAAAUGCCAGACCAGACACAGGGCCUCAAACCAAAAAACCCAAAUUCACGGCUUCUUCAAAACAUAAUAAACACAAGAAGCAGCAAGACCGGACUAUAAUCCAAAUGAUAGGAAAAACUGAAGAGGGCAAGAGAGAGGAGCUAGAGGUGGAAGAUAACAAGGAAUUAAACAGUAGCCAAGACAGCAGUAUUGAAGAGACCAUUCCUGAAGAUUUCGACGUGAACUUACCCUCAGAUUGUUACUACGGUAUUUUCAAGAACCCGCUCACAAUUAUUCAUCCAUUGCAGGGGUGCAAUGAUCCCUAUGCGCUCACUCGGGUACUGCAUGAAGUAGAACCAAGAUACGUUGUAUUAUAUGAUGCAGAAUUAACUUUUGUUCGACAGCUGGAAAUCUACAAGGCAAGCAGGCCUGGGAAGCCUUUGAGGGUUUAUUUUCUCAUCUAUGGAGGCUCAACAGAAGAACAGCGCUAUCUCACAGCUCUGAGGAAAGAGAAGGAGGCCUUUGAAAAACUCAUUCGAGAGAAGGCAAGCAUGGUUAUUCCUGAAGAAAGAGAAGGAAGAGAUGAAACAAACUUAGACCUAGUAAGAGAUGCUACACCUGCCUCCUUUUCUGCUGACACACGCAAAGCAGGUGGACAGGAACAGAAGAGCGUUCAGCAAACUAUAAUAGUGGAUAUGCGGGAGUUUCGUAGUGAGCUUCCAUCACUGAUUCAUCGUCGUGGUAUUGACAUUGAGCCUGUUACUUUGGAAGUUGGAGAUUACAUUUUAACUCCUGAUACCUGUGUAGAGCGGAAAAGUAUCAGUGAUCUGAUCGGUUCCUUAAAUAACGGAAGGCUGUAUGCACAAUGCAUUUCUAUGUCCCGUUACUAUAAGCGACCAAUUCUCCUGAUUGAGUUUGAUCCUAACAAAUCUUUCUCCUUGAUUCCACGAGGCUCUCUUCAUCAGGAAAUAUCCAGUAAUGAUGUUACUUCUAAAUUAACCCUUCUUACGCUCCAUUUCCCAAAGUUACGUAUCCUGUGGUGUCCCUCUCCCCAUGCUACAGCUGAACUGUUUGAAGAGUUAAAACAAAACCAUCCCCAACCUGACGCAGAAACAGCAAUGGCUGUCACAGCAGAUUCUGAAAUUCUUCCUGAGUCAGACAAGUAUAACCCCGGUCCUCAGGACUUUCUAUUAAAAAUGCCAGGUGUUAAUGCGAAGAACUGUCGUGCCUUAAUGAACCACGUUAAAAGCAUUGCAGAGCUAGUGACACUCUCAAAGGACGAACUCUCCAAAAUUUUGGGUAAUGCUGCCAAUGCCACGCAACUCUUUGACUUUAUUCACCUGACCUACGGAGAGGCAAUAUCUAAAGGAAAAAGCAAAAGAUGA